CGUGUCUCUUCCCUCCCCCAGUUUCCCGUCCCCCAUUGCGGCUCGGCCAAGCUUCCGCUGAGCUGUGCUUUGAAGGCCCAGCCCGGUCUGCCGGCGCGGACACCAUGGCUUGGGCUGCGCCCUCUUUGCCCAACGACAAGUCUCGGUUCAUCUGCAUAUAUCCUGCCUAUAUAAAUAACAAGAAGACAAUAGCAGAAGGAAGAAGAAUACCGCUUGAGAAAGCAGUUGAAAAUCCAACGUCUACAGAAAUUCAAGAUGUAUGUGCAGCAGUUGGACUUAAUGUGCUUUUGGAGAAAAACAAAAUGUAUCCCAGGGAGUGGAACCGUGAUGCACAAUAUAGAGGAAGAGUGCGCAUUCAGCUGAAGACAGAAGAUGGCAAACCAUGUCAGCCUCAGUUUCCAACACGUAAGGCAGUGAUGCUAUAUGCAGCAGAAACAAUUCCUAAACUAAAAACAAGGACACAGAAAAUGGGAAGCAGUGACCAAAGCCUACAGCAAGGAGAGGGAAGUAAAAAAGGUAAAGGAAAGAAGAAGAAAUGAGUGUGGCUGGUACAUAUGCAAUGUAUUAAGAUGAAUGUAGAUGAAGGGGAUUAUUGGCAUCUGAACUGAAAGUUGGAGAAACAAAUGAGAACUGUCAAAACUGUUUCUGGACUGGACUUCGUUUAACUUUUAUCUAAUGCUACAACAGAUCAAAUGGAAAUAUAUGGAAACAUCUGCUUUAGUAUUUAUACUGAAAAGAUUGCCUAUUAAUGUGCAGAAAUACAUUAAAAAUGGAUACAGUCAAUACUUCAUAGAGCUGAUUGGUCCAGAUUGGUAAAGAGAACAGAGGAAUAGGUUAAUUCAGUGUUGUAUGAGGCUUCUAAACUGAUUAUUCUCAUUAUUAAAAUAAACUCUUUGAAUCAAACCGUUUAGAAAGCACGGUCUUAAAACUUC